AUGAACGAUAUGGAGAAAGCUCUCGAGAACGAGGCUCCCCAAGUUGACCUGGGCAUCAACAGCGCUCCGAUCUCACUUUCGAGUAUUGCAUCUCGAAUGAGCAUCAGCGCAUUAUGUGAAACGGAAGAUCCACUGAUUUCCAUGUCCGCUAUCGCGUCCCAGAUGCGUUUCGGUGGAGUCUAUGCGGAUAGCAGCCUGCGUGAGUCUCGCAAGACUCCCGAGCCGGCUGCUGUCUCAGAGCUGUCCGAGUCUCCGCUCACGUCCACGGCUCCGAGCACACCUACGGUCAAGUCUGACACUGUGGCCUGCCACGAUGAAGAUGAGGAGGCCCCGCGCUCGCUCAAGCGGAAGCGCCAGCCUGUUAAAAUCUUUUCAACACCCUCGAGCUCUACUCGAACUACUCCUGCGCAUUCCCCUGAUUCUGUGGUGCCACCUUCGGGAUCUUCUGAUGUCUCUCGAAAGAUUCGCUCCUUGAGAAUAGAGAGCCCCAUUGCCGAUGAAAGCCCCGGCCGCCCUCGACUGCGUUCGGAGGCCCGGAAAUUGAAGCGAGAAGCGGGUCAGACUGAGGACAACACUCGCUCUAUGCAAGCCGAGCUGUCCAGUCUCAGAACUCAGGUGGACCAUGAAAAGCGCGAAAAUGCCAAACUGAAGGCGCAAGCCACCAAAGACAAGGAUGGACUCAAAUCCUUGCGAGCAGAGUUGAAAGCAUUGCGCUCCGAAUUCGCAAGCGAGCGUUGCGAAAGCUCCGAGCUGAAAGGCCAGGUUGUCGCCCUGCGCGCUGAUCUUGACCUCCUUCGUUCUGAGGUCCAAGGGGACUCUACAGGUGAUGCCAGCAUCAUCCCUGAGACACGCCGAGACGUUGACAAAAUUCUCCUAAUGAAUGACAUGCUGCGCAGAGUGAUCCAAGGCGAGCGGAUCAAUACUCAAGAAAUGCGGAGCAAACUCAACUCUGUUCGGGAGAAGGUUGGGCCUUUGAUGGCCAAGGUGGAUGACAUUCAAGAGGCCGUGAAUGAGCUCCGGGCCAACCUGACUACCCAUGAUGCUCCAAUUGAGCUUAUUAUGGACUUUGUGCGAAACUUCCAUCAGUGGUGGGUUGGAAGAUACCACGCACGUCUCGAGGCUCGUGGCCAGGCAGGUAAUGAUUCAGCUCCAGCUCCAGCUGCAGGUGUUUGA